AUGGAUGCCUCCGUCCCCGUGUGGAUCGAGCGCGGCCUGAUCACGGUGGCCUUCGUGACGUCCGCACUGCUGGCGGUGACGACGGCGAUGAAGAAGUGGCUGCGCCACCACGCCUGUCUGGAGAUGUUCCUGGUCGUCGUCUCGGCCUCCCUCUGCUUCCUGACUGGCCUCACCGGCCUGCUCCUGUUCCUGUUCGGCAAGCUCUCGCUCGACGCCUUCGGCGUCGUCCUCGUCGGCCUCAUACCGGGAAUCGAGGCCUCCAGCAGGCUGCGCAUGUCCGUGCUGCGCCCGCACGCCUGCAUGCGGAAGCGCCCCGCGCUGCACAGACGCCCCGCCGACUUUUGUUACCUGCGACAUGGCCCCGCCCCGCCGGCCGACGUCCAGCAAAGCCUCGAGCUUGAUACCAAGUGUGACAUCCGCACGUAUAUCAGAUGCCCGUACAGCUCGAAGAAGAAAUCACUGGAGAAGCCUAUCGGUGAGUCACGGAAGGAGAUGGUCAGCAUGUGGCACGCAAACGUCUUGCAGGUUGAGAAGAAUGUCGUCAACCUGCAAGACCUGGACGAUAGCGGUGACUCCAUCGCGUGGUGGUACGCCGCUAACGAUGCCCUGCAUCUUGUUAGAAAUCCGUCAAAGGCAAGGUUCACCAAAAGCGUGCAGGUCACUCGUGCACUGGAGCUCGUGGCGGAACUUGCCAUGAUUGGCGACGCGAUCUUCGAGUACCACGGCCAGAGUCUCAGGAACUAUGCAAACGGCGCCGAGGAAUUGACAGAUGCCUUGUAUAGAACCCCAGCAUCGGUGUACACCGAGUUCCUCGGCGCCGUUGGCAUUCUCAAUGCCUGGGGGCGAGUCGAUAUGACGCUCAGGAAUUCGUUCGUCAACAGGUUUCAUUUCCUGAGACGAGGCGAGAAAUAUGGCAUGUUGUUCUUCAUUCUUCUCACCAAGUCGAGCCUAUUCAAUUUCGACUCGGGCAUCACUGCAUCGAAAGAUGGCGAGCACACCAGUGCGAUUCAAAUCAUCGAAAUUUUCAGGAAGACCUGUAGCAGAAAAGAGCGGACAGAGGUAACGGGAAGAUGGCUUGCGGGAUAUGGACUCUUACCUACAUGCCUUUCUCGUUACAAAAAAGACGACGCGGAACCGGCAAAUGGCAUCGACGCAAUGGGGCGUACUACAUCCUAUACCUUGACCCCAUUUCCCAUCGACACUACCGUCGACAACGUGCGACUCGACAUGGAUACAUUGUGGCCGGAUGUUCAAGGUACAUAUGGCAAUAAUCUUGCAACCCAGCGAUCAACAGGAAGGAGAGAGCAAGCACUUGUUCAAGUGCGGGACCACUCCAAUGAUGGUUUCCACCGUGGCCGGACAAGAGAGAUACGCCUUAUCCUGCCAAUGACAAUGGACGACCUUGAUGGGAGUGCCAAAUAA